AUGACUAAAUUCUUGAUUGUUGCUCUGGCGUUGGUAGCAGUAGUAGCAGCAAACCCUGGUUUGAGCGGUGGAAUUGGCGGAUCAGGCAUUGGAAGCUCAGGAAUUGGCUACGGCAGUGGCGGUUUAGGCCAAAGAGGUGGAUAUAAUUCUGGCCUUGGUGGCGGACUUGGAUACAGCAGCGGCAGUGGUAUCGGUGGCGGACAAUCAGGUUUCGGCGGUGGAUUGGGGCAAGGAGGUAGCGAUUUCGGAGUACGAGGCGGCCGAGGUUUCGACCAAGGAGGACAAGGCGGCCGAGGUUUCGGUCAAGGAGGACUAGGAGGCGGUUACAGGAGUGGUUGA